UUGGUGAGCUCUUCUUUUCUUUUUUUUUCAAAUCAAAAAACAAUAAUAGUUGUAUAGUUUGUCCUUAAUUUGAUGACAAAUUAAUGAUUGUUUUUGGGCGAAAAAAACGAGAGAAAUAAUUAAUUUUAUUAGAAGAAAGAAAGGAGUACUGUACAAUUUGUUUAAUUGAAUUAAUUUUGUUUGCAGGAAUUUUUAAUUGGGAAUGAGAGAAUUGGGGGAAUUUUUGAAUUUCAACUAGUGUAAUUUUUUAGGUUUGAAGUCAGGUCAAAAAUUAUCAAAAUUUGAAACAGUCGAAUUUCCAGUUUCUCUAAUUUUAAAAAUAUCUCCAGAGUUAAAUAAGAAUAUUUCAAUUUAUAAUAAAAUGUUCACCGAUUUUUUGAAACAGUGAACUUUUUUUUUUAGAUUUUUCAAUGUGUUUCUGAAAUUUUUAUUUCAAAAAAUGUUUUCUCAAGAGAAAAAAUUACUAUUUUUUAAACCGUGAAAAAUUUCAAUCGAUUAACUUUUAAAAUUAAAAGUCAGAAAAACUUGAGAAACUUAAAAGUUUCAUUUGAAGUUUUUUGAAACUGCAUUUUUUUGAACUCAAAAAUCUGCAACCAACUUUUGAAGAAUAUUUUUGAUGUUUAUAUGUAUAUCAAUAAACGUUUUCAAUUUCCGAUUAUUUUGUUUCGAAACAGUGAGAUUUUUUGUUGGGAAUUGUUAGAAAAACGUAGGGAAAAUUUUAUCUUUUAACGUGUAGAAUGAUAUAUCAAUAUGACUUGUCCAAAUAAAAAUUUACUCAUUUUUUGAAACAGUGAAUUAUUUUUUUGAAAAAUUACUAGAUUUUGUGGAUGGAUUUCUUCUUUUAUUAAAUUCGAUUUUUCAAAUCAAAAUUUCAAUAUUUUUUGAAACAGUAUCUUUUUUCUUCCCUUCCUAAAUAUAAAUUCAACGUAAUAUUUUUGCAGGUUUCCGAAUACGGUGUUCCAAUUUCAAUCGUCGAUUGUAUUCAAAAAAUCUGUCCAAAAUGCACGGCGAGUUGUUCAUCGGAUGAUUGUAGUAUGAGAAGUGAUGAAACUAUGGAACAAGAAUGUUAGUUUGGGGUUUGCGAGGUUUUUAAAAAGUUACUUGAUAUGGAUUCGGACUUUCAAAGUUAUUAGAAAAGUUUUAGGAUUUUUUUAAAACAGUUAUUUUUUUAGAGGUUCAAUUUUCAAUAUAAUAAAAGUCAGGAAUCACUUUAGAAAUGAAUAUUGGAAAUUUCAAUUUUUUCUGAAACAGUGAAAAAACUUCAAUAGCAACUUUGAGAUAAGGAAUUACGAUAACAAGAAAAAUUUCAAGAAUUUCCUGUAUUUUUGAAGCAUUUGAUUUUCCAACACGUGAAAUUCAAAAGAAAAUUUGAAAAACUUACUGCGAAAAUCAAUUUUUCUCAGAAUUAUUUUUUUUAGAAACAGUGAAGUUUUUUCUGUAAAAAUUUAAAUUUCGAAAUUGUUUUCUUAUUCAAAUUUUUCUCAUAUAAAACAUGUACAAUAUCAUUUUUUAGCUAAACGUGGUGGUGAUUCAGCUUCAUCUCGUGCCAGUGCCACACCAAUUCCUCAACAACUUCAACAACUCACCCAAACACCUCCACCAAUUUCUUCGCCACCUGCAAAAAAACUGAAAGUCGACAAUUUAAUAAUGCUCAAAACUGGCGGAAAUUUGAUUAAAAUUGAGCCACAAGAUGAAGUUGAAGCAAAGUUGGAUAAUAUCUCACCAAAUAUUUUUCCCGAUUCGAAUUCGGUUUUUGAAAGUGCAUUGGCUAAUGCUUUUCAAAACUCGUGAGUUUUUUGCCGGAGUAGAAAAUUGGAGAAAAAAUGUUUGAUUUCAGGAAAUUUGGAGAAUUCGAUAAAUUAAUUGAGGGAAGUGGCGGAGCUUCGAAUUCGGAUGAUGCUAUUUCGAUUUCGUCGAACUUGGAAAUUGAUGAAGAUGAGGUUGGUUGGAAGGAAACAUAUGGAAUAUUUUAGGUUUAAAAAAUUAUGAGAUAGUGAACACUUGAUUUCCUAGGAAUUUUCAGAAAAUAUUUUGUUUGAAACAAUUUUAAAACAUUAAAAAAAGAAAUUUUCUGGAGACUAAAAAACAAAUUGUACCAUUACAAAUUUAGUCAAUUUUAUUUCUGAAGAUUUUCUGAAACAGUGAAAAAAUUACAUAGUUUUUUUGCGAACAAUUUAUUUGAAAGUUAUAUAAAUGUUGAAACAGUGAAACUGUUUUAUUUUAUUCCUAAAUUUGUAUUUAAUAAAAUCUAGAUUUCGAAAAUAUUUGAAACCUUGGAAAAAUUCUCAAUAAAAAAUAAUAUUUUUGAGAAAUCUAAGAUUAUUCAAACCGCAGUAUUAAAUCAAAAAAACAAUUUAUUUUCGAACUUAUUUUGAAACAGUGAAAAAUAGUAUCAAUUGAAAGUGAUGUGAGUUUUGAAUGAUCAAAUGUUCAAUCAAAAAUAUAUUUAAAACAAAUUUUGAAACAGUGAAAAUUCAUUAUUUUUUUCUGAUCGUUUCAAAAAUAUAUCAAAAAUAUACUUUUUCAAAAAAUACCUCGAAAAUUCUGAAAACGUAUUUUCCUCUGGUUUUUCUGAAAUAAAAUAUUCCGAAAAUUGAAAACCAAUUCCAAUUUUCAGACUCAAAAUCCAUGUGUAAAUCCUCAACUUCUUGCUUCAUUCAUUUCUUCAACUCCAAAUAUGUUUAUUCCUGGAAAUUUCGCAAAACUUAUGAAAACGUCAGCUUCUCAACAAAAACGAGAUAUUCCACCAAGUUGUGAGUUUUGGCGGGAAAAAGGGGUCAAAUUUAUUCAUACAAAUUUUAAAACAUUGAUCUUUUUUCAAAAUCAAAGCUCUUGAAUUCCGAAAAAAAUUAAAAUCAAUUUUUUCAGUGACUGUAAAUGGAAAAACUCGCCGCGGUCGAAUUGUUUACACACCAAAUGAACUCGAAAUUCUGGAAAAAUAUUAUAGCGAUGAUCCGAAUGCUUGUGCGGAUCCAGCAAAAAGAAAUCAACUUUGUAAAAUGUUGGAUAUUGAUUAUCAUCGAGUAAGUUACAUUAACUAUAUAUUCUCUUAAUUUUUCCCAACUUUAUAUCCGAUUUUUCAGCUCAAAGUUUGGUUUCAAAAUCGCCGCCGAAAGGAUAAAAUUAUAUCACAAAGUGAAGAACAUCAAUUAUCUUUCUAA